AUGACGAUGAGCUCUUUGCCGGACACGCUUUCGGACCCGUCCAAGUCCGCCUUCUUAGAAUUUGGGGGCCACAGUUACCCCGCUCACGGACACGCUCACCAGCAGCCCUCUCCCGGCCUGUCUCACACACAUUACCCCGUGCACAGUCUUCAUACGAUGGGAGCCUCGCAGCAUGAGGGCCCCUUCCCCUCAGGGGCAUCGUACGGACGCCCGUUAGGAUACUCUCCAUACGGACACCACGCCGCGUAUCUCCCGUACCAGGCCGCCGCGCACAGCGGGGGACUGGCACACGCGAGGCUCGAGGACUCUGAACAUGAGAAGCCCACAGCAGUGAUCGAAAACGGAGAGGUGCGGCUCAACGGAAAGGGCAAGAAGAUCCGGAAACCACGUACCAUCUAUUCCAGUCUGCAGCUGCAGGCCCUCAACCAGCGCUUCCAGCAGACCCAGUACCUGGCUUUGCCUGAGCGGGCCGACCUGGCGGCCAAACUGGGCCUGACACAAACACAGGUGAAAAUAUGGUUCCAAAAUAAGCGCUCCAAGUACAAGAAGAUCAUGAAGAACGGCCCGUGUGGAGUGGAGGGCGAGCACCUGGCCCCUCCACCCGUCUCCUCCACCUCCCCCUGCUCCUUGUGGGACAUCAGCAUGGCCUCCAAAGCGGCGCCCGUGCACUCCGGAGCCUACAUGAACAAUUUCGGACACUGGUAUCCGGGACACCAGCAAGACUCUGUGCCAAGAACUCCCAUGAUGUGA